CAGCAGCCACAGCAGGUUGGCGGAGGUCAUCAGCAUCACAACCAGAGAGUCCUGCACAACCCCAAUUUAAGCAAGGAGCGUGACCAUCUCAAAGAUCAUCUCGAGGUUCCAAUUGAUACAUCAGGAAUGUCUGAACAGGAAUUGCAGUUUCAUUACUUCAAAAUGCAUGAUGCAGAUAACAACAAUAAGCUUGAUGGGCAGGAACUUAUCAAAUCUCUCUUUCAUUGGCAUGAUGCAGCCAACCAUGAUGCUGGAAAGACUGGCCAUCCUCCACCUGAACCAAAGCUCUUUACUGAUGACGAGCUGGUAAAUAUGAUAGAUCCAAUUUUACUUCAGGAUGAUAAGAAUAAAGAUGGAUUUAUUGAUUAUCCAGAAUUUGUUCAGGCUCAGCGUAAUGCUGCAGCAGCAGCAAGUGCUAAUGCUGUUUAGAGAUUCUCAUUAACUUAUAAUUUAUAAGUGAUAAGUCAUUUUCUUCAGUGAAAGAUUGCUACCAUAGAAUUAUAGAAAAAGUAUAACUCCCUAAAUGCUUGUGAAAAUAUCUUAGUCAAAGGCUGUGAUUUCACAUUAGUUGUGACAUGGGAUAAGGUAGUUUUCCUAAAAGGAUACAGAGUUUUAGUAUUAAAUAAUUGUAUAGCAAGUACAACCUAUCCUCACUUAAGAGUUCCAUUCCUGAGACCACGUCAUUAAAUGAAUUUGUCACUAAGUGAGGAGCCUACUAUAAUGGUAGAGUUUGUGUUAGCCAUCUUUGAUAUUGUUUUAAUGUCACCUUUGCACCGUUUAUAACAUUUCUGGUAUAUUUUUAAAUGUUUGUACAGUAGUGUACUGUAUAUUGAAAUAAACAGAAUAGAGGAAAUCAGCUGUAAUAUACAUUAUUUAGGUAUGAAUACUGGUCAAAGAGCCCAUCAUAAGUCCGAGGCGUCGGUAAACAAGUACGUCUAAGUGAGGAGAGGCUGUAUUAGGGUUAUAUUUGCCAUAGUUUUUUAAUUCUUAUUGUAUUUGCUGUAUUGUUUUAUAGUUGGUGUUAAAUUAUUGGCAUAUUUUUUGAGGGGGGAGGGGAAGUUUGCUAAAUUUCACCCUUUUAUAAAUUGAUUAUGUUCUUGUAAAAGUCAAUUCUCUGAAUUAUGAACUUUACAUUAGUGAAAAAAUACUAAUCAGUUUAAAGAUAGUGGCUGUAGAACUGAUUCAUAUAAAAAAAAUUUAAUUUUCAGGGUUAAUUGUUUCAUUGAUUUUCUAUUGUUCUCAUCCUUUGAUUCAUUAGAUCCCCACAUAGUUUCACACGUGAUCUUUAACAAGUCUGAUUAUAUAUCAAAACCAAGUGCUAAACCCACAAGUCAUAGAGCACUGCUGAUAUUUUUAAUUAUUAUUACAGCCGAUCUAACAAAAGUUUGUAUGUACCAGUGGUGAAAAAUCAGUAUAAAAGAAAUUGCAUAGGGAAUGUCAGUUGGCCCAAGAGAUUUUUUUUUUUUAACUAAGUGUGAUAAUUUAUAAUCAUUUACUAGUGUGGCAAGGUGGUUCUUGCAUUUUGAUUUUUUUUUUCCCUGUCAUUGAACAUCUGCAUUUAUUUAUUACUGGUACAUAAGUAAUUUUUGUCAUUUUUGAAAGUCUGUCAUGUGUAUUGUAAAAAGUGCUAAACCUACAAGGGUCAUACAGCACAGGUCCCAUGUAAAUUAAAUUCUAAUGUUAUGCAAGACAUUUAAGGCCACAAACCAUUUUACCUUUUAACAUGACAGGUAGGGCCAUAUUUAUAUUUUGUGAUUGUAAUCUGUUGAACAAAUUAGUUUAGUUUUAAAUCUUUCCAUUGAUAAAUGUCACAAUAUUAAUGUACACAAAUCAUAAUAUUUAUUUUAUGUUUGACUAAUAGUAACUGAUCUGUCAUAUUUUUACACUUAGACAUGCUAGCCAACUGUGGUAUAUUAAUUUAUUACCAUGGUGUACUGAGUGAUAAUACUAAGGUCCCAUUGUUUACAAACUGGUUAUGGAUAUAUUUUGUUAAAUAAAAAUUUUUAUUUAUAA